UACUAGCACUAUCCUCGUCAAGGGAAAUAAAAUAUCUUAUAAUCGUCACACAUCUCAAAACAUCAUCACCCAUCACCAUCACCAUGACUCCCAGAACCGACUUCCCACCCGUCCGCGCCUGUCUCUUUGACAUGGACGGGCUCCUCCUCGACACCGAGGACUUGUACACGCUCUGUGUCAACCUGAUCCUCGAAAAGUACCAGCGUCCCAACCUCCCGUGGAGCGUCAAGGCCAAGCUGCAAGGCCGCCCAGGCCCCGCCGCCAACCAGCUCUUCCACGAAUGGGCCCAGCUGCCCAUCACCCAGGAGGAGUACAUCAAGCAGCUGUACGCCCUGCAGGCCCAGCACUUCCCCACCACCCAGCCGCUGCCGGGCGUGCCCGAGCUCCUCGCCCACCUCGGCCGCACCCGCUACUGGGACCUCCCAAGCCAAAAGAAGACCGACAACACCACCACCACCAACACCAACCCAUCCACCCCCACCCCCCAGCGCGUACACAUCGCGCUCGCCACCUCCUCGCACGCAGCCAACUUCCGCCUCAAAACCGCCCACCUCUCCGAGCUGUUCUCCGUCUUCCCCACCGCGCGGCGCGUCCUCGGCGACGACGCGCGCAUCGGCCGCGGGCGCGGCAAGCCCCUGCCCGACAUCUUCCUGCUCGCCCUGCAGACCAUCAACGACUCGCUGCCGGCGGGGGAGCGCGCCAUCGCGCCCGAGGAGUGCCUCGUCUUCGAGGACAGCGUGCCGGGGGUCGAGGCCGGCCGCCGCGCCGGCAUGCGUGUUGUCUGGUGUCCGCAUCCGAUGCUCAAGAAGGAGGUUGCGGGGCGGGAGGGGGAGGUGUUGGCUGGGAGGACGGGGGAGGCGGGGGAUGUGGAUCUGCAUCAGGUGGGUGAGGUGGGGGAUGGGUGGGCGGAGUAUAUGCCGACGUUGUUGGGGUUUCCGUAUGAGAAGUAUGGGAUUGUGGUGCCGCCUGCGGAGGUGGAGGCGAAGGAGGGGAUGGUGGAGGGGGGGAAGGUUGCGGAUGGGGAGGUUGUGCAGGUUGUGGAGACUGCGUAGAUGUUGCUGCUGUUUGGGGAAAGGGUGGGGGCAGUGUUGAGCUUGGAACGGGAAAGAUCCUAGAUGCCGCGUUGAUAUUCCGAGACAAGUUGGGAUGAGAGGGUUCUUUAUUCUACCAUUGUUUCAUCGGGCUAGAUCUUAGGCAUUGCGAUUAUUCGAGUAAGGGUACCUAGAUACAGAUUAUAGUACACGAGAAAGAUUUCGGUGUCAUAGACGGGGAAAUAUAACAACAACAGAAGCGUUGUGUUAGUUAUCAAAGUUACUAAAUACAGACAGCGGAAGUACAGGGUAGGGUAUAUAAACAGACCAAAGUACAUAACUCACACGUCACGCUACCCCCAAUCACUGAAUCCCCUCCUCGGGCCCUCCC